AAAUAGAUAGCACUAUCUAAUUCUUUUAUCACCACGAUGACAACGAGGUCUAGUGUUUGACCGGAAAAUGGCCAUGGAAAUACAAAUUUAUUUGACUAGGAUUGUUUUUGUAUUUGUUUUCUUCUUAUCAAUUUCAAAAGGCGAUGAAGAAAUAUUUCCACAAACUGGCCAGCCUGUGACUAGAAAUGAAGACAAUACAAAUCACGAGGUCACACUGCCGUCUAACGUCAACAUUCCGUUCAUGGGGACUAUCUACACAAAACUCUAUGUAUCUAAAGAUGGUCUUGUUGGAUUUGUACCAGGGACUUUGCACCAAACAGAAAUAUUCACUGAAACUUUAACCCAGGCAGACCCAGCUUUUGUUGCACCAUAUUAUUUUCCUGCACAAGACAUUGGUUCAAAAAUAAAUGGGAUGCCGUACACUGGUCAGGUUUUAUACAGAGAAGGAUCUGAUAUACCUGCAGGGGAGUUAUCAAACUACUCCUCUAUCAUCCAGGAAUCUAUGGUGGGGUUAAAAAACCAGUUCGAGGCUUCCUAUGCCUUGGUAGUCACGUGGAAGGAAGUCAUUUCUAAAACCGCCGUUCUGAACAGUUGUAAUCCUUGCAAGAAUAAUACAUUCCAAUUGGCAAUGUUGACCGAUGGUACUUCCAGUUUUGCUAUAUUCAAUUAUGUGAAGAUGGAUAUAACAACAGACAAAUUUACACAGUCCGGUUUUAACGCUGGUGAAGGAAGGGGAUACACAACCGCAUUAAACGCUGAGCAAUUGAAAUACACCUUGAGUUAUCAAGGAAGUGAUACAAAGGGGAGGUAUAUCUACAGAAUAGAUGGAGAACAAAUACAACAUGGGGGAUGCUCUAACGUUAAACGUGAUGGUGUCCUAAACAUUUAUCCAACAUUUGCCGGGAUGCUUGGUGGUAAAAUGCUGGAUGUAUCUGGUCCAUGUAUGCAAUUCAACGAUCUCACCACACAUGUUAAGUGUAGAUUUGGAGGGGACAACGGUUUGGUCACAUAUGGUUAUAAGAUUAAUUCUAUGAAAGCUCGAUGUUCUGUCCCGAGGAUGUCUGUCCGUGGAUGGGUAUCUGUAGAAAUGUCAAUCAACAACAGACAAUAUUCACAUAAAACUCAAAUAUUGAUAGUUCAUCCUGGGAGAGUAUCAAAGGGUGAGAAAUUACAUUUACCAUACAUGGGAAAGGGACAGGGAUGGAACGAGACUGCCACAACACAGCUGUCAUUGCAUUGGAACAGUACUUUGCUGACAGAUAAUGAAUAUGCAAAUGUCAAUAUUUCUUUGAUGGGUUAUAAAGAAGAUAGCAACGGGAUAACCUGGGCAAAUCUGAGAAGUAUGGGAACUGUUCGUGCAUCAGCCGGGCAGUUUACAAUUCAAACCAAUGACAUAAAUUGUAUAGGUUCUGUUUGUGAUGAGUAUGAAAUUGGAAUUGUUAUGAUGGAAUUACAAGAUAUAAAACAGGCAAAAUUCUACAGAUUCAUAGUCAGUAAAACUAUAACCCUUGGCUUUUUUGUAAACAACGCCAUGGUAAUGAAUCUGGGAGAGAAUUGGCCGAGCCAAAAAUGUAAGACUUGGUAUGAUCAGGACAGACAAGAUAUGAGUUGGCUGAACAACGUUGUGAGAUGUCCAUGCACACUGGUACAAGCACUUAGUGAUGUAGGAAACUUUCAUGCUGAUUUCGGAUGUUACCUUUAUGAUAAUAGAACCACUAAAUGUAGAUUUCACGAGGGAUCUGUCCAUUGUGUCCGAUCUGUUCACCCUUCACAAACCGGUGCUGGAAACCAGUGUUGUUAUGAUGCUGGCGGCAAUCUCAGAUAUUCAUCUGAUAGCUUUCAAGGCAGUACGCCAGAUAGAAGCCAUGCUGCCGGUGCUUAUCCUUAUGGUAAAACCGGACUUGUUCCCGACAUGUCCCACUGGGUUAAAGAUGUUGUAACGUUCUAUCAAUGUUGUUUGUGGAAUGAUUAUAGGAAAUGUGAUUAUUACAUGGACCAGCGGUCAACCCGUGACUGUAAAGGAUAUAAUCCACCAACACCGGCGAUGCUGUUCGGUCAAGGUCAUAUUGAAACAUUUGAUGGGAUGCACCAACGUAUGUGUGGUCAUGGUGAUUUCCUAUUAUUAAAGACUACGUUACCGGAUACUAGUGUUGUCACAGUUCAAGGUCGAUUUUAUGAAAAUGUUUUCCCAAAAAUUGUUGGUGAAACGGGAAAUACGUCUGUCAUGUUAACCAAUGUAGGAAUUCGUGUUGUUCUUGGUGGAUCUACUGAGACUGUAGAAAUAAGACUAAAAUUGCCAACUGCAGAUAGGAGUGCACGUAAAAUUGACGUCCUGGUUAAUCAGCAAUAUCAUUUCUUCGAUAAUAAACAAUCAUACUGGCAAGACUUUAAAUCUUUUAUCGUGGCGAAUACAGAUGAGACAGGUAUGGAAUCAAACUUCACUGUUAUUCUACAGGAUGGACUUGCAAUACAAGUAGCUGAUUGUGACCGGACAUUAUGUGUUGUAAUUAUAGCACCUCCAUCACUUCAGGGGAAAGUACAAGGUCUUCUAGGAAACUUUAAUGGAAAUGCCACAGAUGACCUUCUUAAUGUCAACUAUACCGUUGCUGCACAGAUUGAUAAUCACUCAUUUGAUGAUUUAACGCUUUAUCAGCUGUUCAAAUAUCCAUGGGCAGCACAAAGAGACGAAAGUGUUUUACCAAUGUACGUCGAUCCAAGUUAUAAUCCACCAAUUUGUUCAAUAGAACAACCGAAGAGACAAGCGCUACAAGAUUGUCACAACAAUAAGCCUUGUAUGUUUGACUAUAAAGCUACUGGUGACAAGGAUAUAGCAAUGAAAACUAAACUAAUGUCAAUGAGAAUCCAUGAGCUACGACGUUUCUUAGCUCCAGUUAGGACUUGUGGACUACUAAAUAUUCCUAAAAGUAUAAAGAGCAACACGAAUUACUCACUCGGACAGACCGUUACAAUAGAGAGUUGUAGAGAGGGACAUUUACAGGGCGACGACAAAACGUACAGAUGUUCACAGACCGGCAAAAAUACUCAGACAUGGUCUCCCUCGGUUAAUGCCAAAUGUUCAGAAACAGUUGACGAAGCCGAUACCGGUAUGAUAAUUGGAAUAGUUGUUGCUGUUGUUAUUGCUGUUGUUGUUUUUGUAGUUAUUGUUGUUUUAUUUAAAACAUUUCGUAGGUCUAGAAGUUAUGAUACUGGUAAAGGACAAUACAGAUCGCCUUCUAACCCUGUAACAGACAAAAACGUGGAAUAUAGUGCGAGUUACAGUCGAUCACAUAAACCAACUAGAGUACCCACUGAUGAGGGGGAAAAGUAAAGAGCUAGACAGGAAUACAGUUUAUAAACAUUGAACUCAUCAUCAUGCUAAUGGUGUGCUAUAAUUGUUUAAAGUUUAUUGAAUGGAUACUAAAAUUUAGAGAUAUAUGGCAGAGGAAUGUCUUUAAAUGUAAGCGUGUCUGAGAGUUGAUGGAAAUUGUUAGUUGUCAGAAUUGAGGUGAAACAUGUUGUAUUAUUCUCAAGCAAAAAAUGUGUCUGCUUGUGUACAAUAGGUCUUCAUGUGAAGAACUAAAUAUCUAAUGAUACUGUGAAAUGUAUUGAAACAGAAU